AUGCGCGGCAAGGGUAUCCACCCGUUGCUGGAUGCAAUCAUCAAUUACCUUCCCUCACCGCUGGACGUUCCACCAGUCGAGGGCACGGUUCCAGGGACGGAGACUACUGAAAUCCGGGAGCCGGUAGAUAGCGAGCCGCUUUCUGCUCUGGCAUUCAAAGUCGUGGUAGACCCAUAUGUCGGUCGGCUGGUGUUCCUGCGCAUUUAUUCGGGAAAGGCAGAGUCCGGCGCGGCUGUUCUCAAUGUCACCCGUGGCAACCGCGAACGCAUGGGUCGCCUGCUACGCAUGCACGCCAACCACCGCGAAGAGUUGCCGCUGAUUACAUCCGGUAAUAUCUGCGCCGCCGUCGGCUUGAAAGAUACUUUCACCGGCGACACCAUUUGCACCGAUCACCGGCCUGUGAUCCUGGAACCGCCACACUUCCCGGAACCCGUCGUUUCCGUGGCUAUCGAACCGGCCACCCGUGUCGACCAGGACAAGCUCGGCGAAGCCCUGCGCAAAUUGUCUGAAGAGGAUCCCACCUUUGUGGUCCGGUUCAACGAUGAAACCGGCCAGACCGUGAUCUCUGGUAUGGGCGAACUCCAUCUGGAGGUCCUGGUGGACCGAAUGCGCCGCGAAUUCGACGUUGAAGCUCGGGUGGGACGACCCCGCGUUGCCUACCGCGAAAACCCCUCACUAAACCGGUGCGCAUCGAAGGCCGAUUCGUCCGCCAGACGGGCGGACAUGGUCAGUACGGCCACGUUUGGUUGGUGA